UUCGGAGGUUCGUGUCUCCCAAAAUGCCAAAUUGUUUGUGGCCCAGUUUUCGUAGUACCGUUAGAUGGCAGUGUUGUGCAAGACAUCACAAACAGUCCUCUCUCAAUUGGUGUCCGUGUCCGGAACCUUUGGAUGUUGGUCGUUGGUGAAACCGAACUAUAAUUAGGAAUGCAACGGCUUCAAUUGAUGAUAUCGGUUGUUGUAGCAACCGUCUUAAGGCGCAACAGCGUGGAAGUCGUAUCUGUAGUUUCUUGUGUUGGGAGUAAAUAUAAGUUAAAGCCGCGAUAUGUUCGCUAAAAAUCGAAUUGUCUACGUUCAAAAUCGAGCAGUGUUGUUUAUGUUCGCCUUGGAUAAAGUUAGCUUCAGUAUCAGACCUCAGCUAAGUGCUAAUUGAGCAAAGUACGCUAACCCUAACUCUGGUUUAGCUGCAUGCACAUUUAUAUUGCGGUGAAUAACGCAUUUUUUGCGCAUUGUAUUUUAGUAUAAGUUACUCGUUGUCUGAUUAAGUCAAUCGUUGUUCACCAUGUCGGCUGUCAGCAGCCUCGUCCCUGCACGGUUCUUGACUAUUACAGCUCACCUUGUCAUCGUUAUCACAAUCUUUUGGUCAAGGGAACACAACGUGAAGGCCUGCUUGCCUUUGGAUUUCACGCAAGAGCAGUAUGACGAUGAAGACAGGAAGUUGGUGGUGGGAUUGGCGGUCACCCUCGGUCUGUUUGCUAUAGAGUUGGCUGGGUUCUUCUCAGGAGUGUCCAUGUUCAACUGCAGCCAAAGUCUCCUGUCAACAGGAGCUCAUGCCAGUGCCUCAGUGGCUCUGCUUUUCUUUCUAUUUGAGCAGUGGGAGUGUGACAUCUACUGGUGGAUCCUUGUCAUUUGCAGUGUGCUACCUGCUUUUGUGGAGAUUCUUCUGUUUAUAGCUGUAUUUGGACUGAAGAAGAAGCCAUUAUAAAAGACACUCCUGAUGUGUAAUGCUACAAAUUAGUGUGGAUGUGGACAUCUGCCUCACUGUAUCAACAGACACUGUAGCUACAGAAGGUCUGUGAUUCAUUAAUAAUGUGCAGAGAAAUGAACUGAAAAACAAUGUUGAACUGACUAAUGGGCAUACGCUGCACCAACAAACAUCAUGCACAUCAUGCCACUCUCUGAACGUAAUGUUUUGAAUGAUGCAGAAAAGGCAGUUACUUUGUCAAGAAAUAAGUGCUCAUUUGUCUGUUAACAUUGAUGUGGUUUAAUGUUUUGCAGCCUGUCUUUCAAAUUGCCAUGGAAGGUCUUGUAUUGUAAUCCCAAAUACAUUUUGUACAAAUUCUUUCUUAAA